CCUUGGAACCCGUUCCCCAGCCUCAGGAUGGCAUCCUCCCUGCUUGAGGAGGAAGCUCACUAUGGCUCCAGUCCCCUGGCUAUGCUGACAGCAGCUUGCAGCAAAUUUGGUGGCUCCAGCCCUCUGCGGGACUCAACAACACUGGGCAAAGUAGGAGCAAAGAAGCCAUACUCUGUGGGCAGUGACCUUUUGGCCCCCAAAACCAUGGGGGAUGCCUAUCCAGCCCCUUUUUCAAGUACCAAUGGGCUCCUUUCACCUGCAGGCAGUCCUCCAGCAACCACCUCUGGCUAUGCAAAUGACUACCCUCCCUUUUCCCACUCAUUUCCUGGGCCUACAGGCACCCAGGACCCUGGGCUACUAGUGCCCAAAGGGCACAGCUCUUCUGACUGUCUACCCAGUGUCUACACCUCCCUGGACAUGGCACACCCCUACGGCUCCUGGUACAAGGCGGGCAUCCACGCAGGCAUCUCUCCAGGCCCAGGCAAUCCUCCCACCCCUUGGUGGGACAUGCACCCUGGAGGCAACUGGCUAGGUGGUGGUCAGGGUCAGGGUGAUGGGCUGCAAGGGACAUUGCCCACGGGCCCUACUCAGCCUCCACUGAAUCCCCAGCUUCCGACCUACCCAUCUGACUUUGCCCCCCUUAAUCCAGCACCUUACCCAGCUCCCCAUCUUCUGCAACCAGGGCCUCAGCAUGUCCUGCCUCAAGACGUCUAUAAACCCAAGGCAGUGGGCAAUAGUGGGCAGUUGGAGGGGAGUGGUGGAGCCAAACCCCCAAGAGGUGCAGGCACGGGGGGCAGUGGAUAUGGGGGCAGUGGGGCAGGGCGCUCCUCCUGUGACUGCCCCAAUUGCCAAGAGCUAGAACGGCUGGGGGCAGCUGCGGCUGGGCUGAGGAAGAAGCCCAUCCACAGCUGCCAUAUCCCUGGUUGUGGCAAAGUGUAUGGCAAGGCCUCGCACCUGAAGGCCCACUUGCGCUGGCAUACUGGUGAGAGGCCCUUCGUCUGCAACUGGCUCUUCUGCGGCAAAAGGUUCACUCGUUCAGAUGAGCUGGAGCGCCACGUACGCACUCACACCCGGGAGAAGAAGUUCACCUGCCUGCUCUGCUCCAAGCGCUUUACACGGAGCGACCACCUAAGCAAACAUCAGCGCACCCAUGGAGAGCCGGGCCCUGGCCCCCCUCCCAGCGGCCCCAAGGAUCUGGGGGAGACCCGCAGCACGGGGGAGGAGGAGGCCAGUCAGACCCCCAGACCUUCUACUUCACCCACACCCCCAGAGAAAGCCCCUGCAGGCAGCCCUGAGCAGAGCAAUCUGCUGGAGAUCUGAGCUGACUGGAAGGUCUCCAUCUCAGGG